AUGGGAGUUAUAUCGGAUUUGAAGGGAAAGUAUGAUUACCGGAAAGAAUACUCUCCAGACUUGAGGCAAAUAUAUUUGCAAUAUUUAAAAGACAAUCCGUUUCUGAAAGAGUGUCCAAAACAAGAGGGAAAGGCCUCUGAAAUCAGUGCUCACGAUAUGGAGGAAGCGGUGAAGAGGGCCACCAAAUUGAUGGACGAAUACAAGAAAAUCGAUAACAAUUACAUUAACGCCAAUCCAAAUGUUAAGCAAUUCAAUCAAACUAUAUAUGAAUCCAAUUUGAAGACUAAAUUCAAUGAAUUUGUUUCGCAAGAAUUGAGUCGAAUCAAAUGUCUGAACAAAUUCGAGACCACAAUAGGACUGUUGAGUAUUAAAGCGCCGGAUAUUGUGACACAAAACGGAGAUUUUUGCGAAAUGAGCCAAAAUGUGAGCCUAAAAGUGAAAUGCGAUCCGAGUUUUAAAUACCGGCGAAUCGACGGAAAGUGCAAUCACUUGCGACAAACCAAUUGGGGCGCAGCCUUCCGGUGCCAGAGACGGCUACUUCCGGCCAACUUUGCCGACGGAGUCAACAAAAUACCUGUCGCUUCCGAUGGCAGUCCUCUGCCUAACGAGCGGUUCAUUAGUAAUAAAAUAUUGGAGAAAAAAAAUUGGUGCGCCCCUGAUCAAACAUUGUCGUCCAUGCAAAUGAUUUGGGGCCAAUUGAUGGCUCACGACGUCAUCAAAACCAUACAAUAUAUGGGAUUUGGGUUAAGGUGUUGCCCGACAACCGGUGCCCCACAUCCGGAAUGUGUAUUAAUCAAUGAUAUACCUCAGGAUCGGCUGACUAUGGCUUUCAGUAACCAGACGUGUAUGAGUUUUGCCCGAUCUAUAGCUUGCAAUGCGUGUCAAUUAGGACCCCGUAAUGAGGAGUCGUUACCAUCGGCAUUUCUAGAUCUCUCACCAUUAAAAACUGGCAAAUCAUUGACCGGCACUACAAUACUGCCCGAAGCGGUACUUCCCGAAGAUGAGGAUCACUUUGAUUUGACCGCUUGUGCCGUAACGCACGACAGGCCGUGGCUUAAGUGCCUUAAGAAUGGAGACGGCAUCCGCGGUAAUCAACAGUCGCUUAUCAGCGCUUUGGUCACAGCGUGUGUCAUAAGACAUAAUCAACACUGCGAUGGAUUAGCGGCCGCUAAUCCCCACUGGGAUGACGAUAAGCUUUAUCACGAGGCCAGACGUCUAAACGAAGCGGAAUAUAAUUACAUAAAUUUUGGGGAAUAUUUGCCAACACUUUUGAACACAGAAAUGAUGUCUUACUUCUCACUGAACAACAGAGCCGAUGGUCUGUACAGUGAAUAUAACGCAGACUUGAAUCCGGACGUAAUGCAAGAGUUCGGAGCCGCGGCUUUCAGACACAGUCACGCAAACAUUAACAGUCAGUUUCCUAUACUCGAGACGAGUUGUCUAAACAUAUCGCAAAUGAAAUUGAGAUACAGUUUCAAUAAAGUGACCGAAAUAUGGGACGGAAAGACCAACUCGUUAUUGAAAGGCAUGUGUGAAGACAGUAUGCGGUCCACUGGCCUGUGCUAUGAGCCCGACGUUAAGGAUUACUUUGCAUUCAAUGCCGUAAAACCACGAGUUAUUGAUCUGUUUGUUAUAGACAUCGGGAGGGCUAGAGAUCACGGCAUCGCUCCAUAUCUAAUGGUCGGCGGUUUGGCUGAAGAGCAUAUGAAGGGCUCGACUCUCGGCCCGACGUUUGCCUGUUUAGUAAGCAUUCAGUUUUAUCACUUGAAAUUUGGUGACCGAUUGUACUUUGAGCACCAAAAUCAACCUAGUUCAUUCAAUCGGGCCCAGUUAAUGAAUAUCAAGUCCACCGCAUCGAUGGCUAACUUCUUGUGCAAAACCACUGAUUUCGAGUCAAUACAGUUGUACCCAUUUCUGGUCCCCUCAGCAGCCAAUCCGCGAAUAGAUUGCAAUCAAUUCAAUGAAUUUAAUUACAAUUUAUUUCGUGAAUAA